AAGAUCAAGACAGUCCUCUUGUGGUAGACAAUAUGGGUCUGGAGCAAGUCAGUCUUCUAAUUGUGGUCAACACGGGUCUGGCUCAGGUCAGUCCUCAGGUUUUGGACAACAUGGGUCCAGUUCAGGUCAGACUUCUGGUUAUGGCCAACAUGGAUCUGGCUCAGGUCAGUCCUCUUAUGGCCAACAUGGAUCUGGCUCAGGUCAGUCCUCUGGUUAUGGCCAACAUGGAUCUGGCUCAGGUCAGUCUUCUGGCUAUGGCCAAUAUGGGUCAGGUUCAACUCAGUCUUCUGGCUUUGACCAUCAACAAUCAGGUUCAGGACACUCCUCUAGCUCUGGAAAACGUAGAUCUGGUUCAGGUCAAUCUUCUGGCUUUGACCAGCAUGGGUCUAAAACAGGCCAAUCCAGCUCAGAAUAUCAUAGUGGAAGAAGGAGAUCUAGUCACAGUGAGUCCAGUGGCAGUAAAUGGCAUUCUGGAGGCUCACAGGGACACUCAGGGUCCAGUCAUGGCCAGGCUCACAGACAGUCAGGAGACACCUACAAACAUGGGCAGGCAGGUUAUGGGCAUUCCUCACAGUCAGGAUCUGGCAGAAGUGGAAGAAGGAGAUCUAGUCACAGUGAGACCAGUGGCAGUAAAUGGCAUUCUGGAGGCUCACAGGGACACUCAGGGUCCAGUCAUGGCCAGGCUCACAGACAGUCAGGAGACACCUACAAACAUGGGCAGGCAGGUUAUGGGCAUUCCUCACAGUCAGGAUCUGGCAGAAGUGGAAGAAGGAGAUCUAGUCACAGUGAGACCAGUGGCAGUAAAUGGCAUUCUGGAGGCUCACAGGGACACUCAGGGUCCAGUCAUGGCCAGGCUCACAGACAGUCAGGAGACACCUACAAACAUGGGCAGGCAGGUUAUGGGCAUUCCUCACAGUCAGGAUCUGGCAGAAGUGGAAGAAGGAGAUCUAGUCACAGUGAGACCAGUGGCAGUAAAUGGCAUUCUGGAGGCUCACAGGGACACUCAGGGUCCAGUCAUGGCCAGGCUCACAGACAGUCAGGAGACACCUACAAACAUGGGCAGGCAGGUUAUGGGCAUUCCUCACAGUCAGGAUCUGGCAGAAGUGGAAGAAGGAGAUCUAGUCACAGUGAGACCAGUGGCAGUAAAUGGCAUUCUGGAGGCUCACAGGGACACUCAGGGUCCAGUCAUGGCCAGGCUCACAGACAGUCAGGAGACACCUACAAACAUGGGCAGGCAGGUUAUGGGCAUUCCUCACAGUCAGGAUCUGGCAGAAGUGGAAGAAGGAGAUCUAGUCACAGUGAGACCAGUGGCAGUAAAUGGCAUUCUGGAGGCUCACAGGGACACUCAGGGUCCAGUCAUGGCCAGGCUCACAGACAGUCAGGAGACACCUACAAACAUGGGCAGGCAGGUUAUGGGCAUUCCUCACAGUCAGGAUCUGGCAGAAGUGGAAGAAGGAGAUCUAGUCACAGUGAGACCAGUGGCAGUAAAUGGCAUUCUGGAGGCUCACAGGGACACUCAGGGUCCAGUCAUGGCCAGGCUCACAGACAGUCAGGAGACACCUACAAACAUGGGCAGGCAGGUUAUGGGCAUUCCUCACAGUCAGGAUCUGGCAGAAGUGGAAGAAGGAGAUCUAGUCACAGUGAGACCAGUGGCAGUAAAUGGCAUUCUGGAGGCUCACAGGGACACUCAGGGUCCAGUCAUGGCCAGGCUCACAGACAGUCAGGAGACACCUACAAACAUGGGCAGGCAGGUUAUGGGCAUUCCUCACAGUCAGGAUCUGGCAGAAGUGGAAGAAGGAGAUCUAGUCACAGUGAGACCAGUGGCAGUAAAUGGCAUUCUGGAGGCUCACAGGGACACUCAGGGUCCAGUCAUGGCCAGGCUCACAGACAGUCAGGAGACACCUACAAACAUGGGCAGGCAGGUUAUGGGCAUUCCUCACAGUCAGGAUCUGGCAGAAGUGGAAGAAGGAGAUCUAGUCACAGUGAGACCAGUGGCAGUAAAUGGCAUUCUGGAGGCUCACAGGGACACUCAGGGUCCAGUCAUGGCCAGGCUCACAGACAGUCAGGAGACACCUACAAACAUGGGCAGGCAGGUUAUGGGCAUUCCUCACAGUCAGGAUCUGGCAGAAGUGGAAGAAGGAGAUCUAGUCACAGUGAGACCAGUGGCAGUAAAUGGCAUUCUGGAGGCUCACAGGGACACUCAGGGUCCAGUCAUGGCCAGGCUCACAAACAGUCAGGAGACACCUACAAACAUGGGCAGGCAGCAGGAAGACAAAAUCGUCGAUCAAGUCAAAGAUGGAGACACGGUAGCUAUGGAUGUGGAGGAUAUGACUAUGGGCAAUCUGGGUAUGGACCUUCAGGGGGUAGUCGAACAAGCAGUCACAAUUCUAGCCCUGUUAGGCCAAUGAACAGAACUGAAAACAAGCAAGUGUCAGUUCACAGCCAUUCAGAAUCUAGUUCAACUUUUAGGCAGGGAUCCCAUAAUAAUAGUAAAGUGCGUUCAGAAGAUUGGGGGAAACAGAUUAAUAAACAAUCAGGAUCUAGGCACAGACAGUCAGACUUCAAUACAAUUGAUGUACAUGGACCCAGUCAACAGCAUUUUGGAGAUACAUCUUCUCAAGAUCAGGUAGAAUCCAGCAUAAGUUUAGCAAGACAGGGAUCAAGUCAUGGACAAUCCAGAGAUGUCCAGGAUCAAUCUGGAUUCAAUACCAAUGAAAGGCAAGUAUAUAGCCAUGGCCAUUCAAGUGAUAGCUAUGGACAGGCAAGUGACAGCAGAAGCAGAA